AUGGCGGAUCUCAGGAAGCAGUACUGGAUUUGCAAAGUGCUAAUCAACCCCAACAAGUUGGGAUGCCCUGUGUCCCGUGGCAGAGUCUAUGUGGUGCUGGCGAAGAGGACACUCGGCAACAACGCAAGACCUGGCCGGGCCUCUGGCCAAAGGCUACGCAGCAAGCUGAAAGCUGAGGACCGUGGCGAGAACAGGAAUCCAGUCAUGCGCAAGCUAAGCACCAAGGAGGUGCAUUUCUCUGUGUAUCUUGGUGUGGACACAGGGAAGAACGUUAGGAAGCCCAAAUGGGUGCGAAAGCAUUUGCUGAAGAUGAAGAAGCUCCAGGUCCUCUCCAUCUUUUGGACCUCGGGCUUCCGUGGAAUAUUGAACGAAUUGCACGAGCUCGGCGGCAAUGUCCGCGCCCUCAGCAGGCGCCGAGAUUCAGACAACAGAGAAACAUGCGGCCAGUUCGUGGGUGGAGCAGGCGAAGCUGAGCAAACUGGCUCUGUUGCUGCCAAGAACGGUCGGGACAGCAAACGGAUUAAGAAGGCAAUGGCAAAUCCCUGCCAGCACCAGGGUGUGCAGGCAGGCAUUCAUCAAAAUCCUGGGCAUCAGCGGCUGGAGACUGAUUCGAACGAGGAAAAACUUCAGGGGGCUGGAUGCUCGUACCUACAGUGCCUUGGCCGGCAAACAAUCCGGGAUGGUGUUGACAAGCUGUUACAGUGGCUCGGCAAGGCCAACAAGGGCGGAAAGAUGCCACAGCAGCAGCGAGUGUUGGACGUGCGGGAUGCCUCCAUAUCUAGCGCAGAAGGUCAGCAGAAGCUGCUGCAGUUACUGGUCGACGCUACUUUGGUUGCGGACUUGGAAAAAAAUUCCUUGCACACGCCGCCGUCGAAGCUGGUUCGACGGUACCUGCCACCUGGCCAGAAGUCCGACCUGUUCCACCUCUACUGUGCACACCAGAUUGCCGCCAACCAGCCGACCGCGAGCAUCACAACUUUCUACAGGAUGUUCAAGCCCUGGAGAAAAUGCCUGCGAAUGCGUGGCAAGUCGCAACAUGCCGAGUGCUCCGUGUGCCAGAGGCUCAAGGCAAAGAUCAAGCAUGCCAGAGGUGUGCAAGAUCACCUGGAGGCGUGUGACAGGCUCUACCGUCACUUAGCCGGCCAGUUCCGUGACAGGAGCUGCUACUGGUCUUUGAGGGCCAGGGCAAAAUCCGAGCGUGACAUGCUGGUUUGCAUAACUGACGGUAUGGAUCGCUCCAAAUUCUGCCUUCCGAGAUUCCAGGAAGGCAGAAUCCCCAAAGACUGCGAGGAUCUUCGCCGACCUCGCUGCAAUCUUACAGCCACAAUAGUCCACGGCAGAGCCAUAUAUGUGGCAGUGUCAGAUGAAGAUCAACACCAUGGUGCUGCGUGGAGUCUUGAGAAUCUCAACAGGGCACUGGAACUUGCAUAUCAGCAAGGCCAACGGACAGGGCACCCGUGGCCAAGUGUUCUCAAGAUUUUCUCCGACAAUACGCCCAAGGCAGGAUUGUGCCUGGUGCUUCAACCGAGCGACAACCCCUGUGUGGCACUGAACUGCCACUGA